AUGCCACCCAAGAAGAAAGGAAACAAAAAGGCCAACAAUGACUGGGAAUCCCAGUUAGGGGAGUCCAUUUCCGCGCCUACCCAGCCCAAUGAUCAAGACGGUGUUGAUGACGACAAUUCUGGCGCUGGGGGUCUCAUGGCGCUUAUGCGGAAGAACAAGGAGAAAAGGAAGAAGAAAGGCCUGAACGAUGACUUCGUUCAGGGUGAAGAUCCGCCCGGUGUAGAGCAACCACAAGCGUCUCAAGUUGAUAUCUCGGACAAAGGUGCGCAGGAGGCCUCGAUCGAGGAUGAGUUUGCUCUCCCCAACAAAAGCUCUAAGAGCCAAAGCAAGGGCAAGCAGGCGCAAAAGGCACCCGCGACCAAGUCUAAUGUGGACGAUGCCGACAAUUCGGGCCGGAUCCUUACUAAGGCAGAGAAAGAAAAGCUGAGGAAGGAAAGGGAGAAGCAGAGAAAGAAGGAACAGGCCGCUAAGAAGAAGGCUGGAGGCUCUGUGCAGCCUACACAACCGAGUGCGGCCGUGGUAAAGCCUGCUGAACCUGUCGCCCCUGCCCCUGCCCCUGCAGCGGAGACGACUGCCCCGGCUGCCUCGACAGGAAAGAAGAGAAAGAUUCCUGCCCACCUGGCUUUGAUUCAGAAACAACAGGAAGAGCUCCGGCGUAAGCAAGAAGAGGAAGCCCGGCGUCAAGCCGAAGAGAAGGCUAGAUUUGAGGAGGAAGAGCGGAGGCUGGCCGAAGAGCAGAAGAAAAAGGAAGAGCAAAAGGCUUUGAAAAAGCAAAAGGAGAAGGAAAGGAUAGAGCAACUCAAGAAGGAAGGGAAAUUCUUAACAAAAGCUCAGAGGGAAGAGAAGGCUCGCAAUGAGAGAAAGCUACAGCAGAUGAUCGCGGCAGGAGUGAAAGUCGGGCCGCUUGAUGAAGGGGGUGACGGGCAGGAAAAGAAAAAGAAGGUUGUUUAUGAUAGCAGGAAACGAGGUGGGCGAAAGAAUGAGAGCAAGAUCGACGAAGAGAAAGCAUUGGCUGAGGCAGCGGAGCGGGCCAGGCAACAGGCCGAGCAGGCGGCAAAGGAGGCCGAGGAGAAGGCUGCAAAGGAAAGGGAAGCCAAGGAACGCGCCGAGGCCGAGGCUGCUAAAGCCAUAGUGCACAGUGACGUUGAAGAUGACUGGGAGGCGGCUGUCGCCAGCGAUGGGGAUGUCAAGGAAAGCUGGGAUGCCGCCACCGAUGAAGAGGCAGAGGCAAACGAAGGCCCCAAAGGGCAGAAGGCUGAGAGUGCCGGCGAAGACGAGGAUUCCUCAUCCGAAGAGGACGAAGUUGUUACGCAGAAACAGCUUGCGGACUUGCAGCGAAAGAAGGAAGCGAGCGAGAGGCGCGAGAAAGCACAUCAAGCUGCCCUGGCGGCAAGAUCCAAGGAUAACCUCCGUUCACCAAUUUGCUGUAUUCUCGGCCAUGUCGAUACUGGCAAAACAAAGCUUCUCGAUAAGAUUCGGCAAACCAAUGUGCAGGAGGGCGAGGCCGGUGGCAUCACUCAGCAGAUUGGCGCCACUUACUUCCCAGCAGAAGCUAUCAAGCUGAAGACUGCUGUUGUGAACAGGGACGGCGCGUUCGAGCUGAAAGUCCCAGGUCUCCUGGUCAUCGAUACUCCUGGCCACGAAUCCUUCUCUAAUCUUCGCUCUCGAGGUUCUUCCCUUUGCAAUAUUGCCAUUCUGGUCGUCGACAUCAUGCAUGGCCUGGAACCGCAGACCCUGGAGUCGAUGAAACUGCUUCGUGAUCGCAAGACCCCCUUCGUGGUUGCGCUCAACAAGAUUGAUAGGUUGUAUGGCUGGAAGAAGGUGGAUAACAAUGGAUUCCAAGAGAGCCUGUCCCUUCAGAGCCGAGGGGUUCAAAACGAGUUCAGGAACCGCCUGGAGGAGACUAAACUUGCUUUCGCGGAACAGGGUUUCAAUGCUGAACUCUAUUAUGAGAACAAGUCUAUGGCCAAAUACGUCUCUCUCAUCCCCACGUCAGCACACACCGGAGAGGGUGUUCCCGACCUUCUGAAGCUUAUCGUCCAGCUCACGCAAGAACGCAUGGUCGGUUCUCUCAUGUAUCUUUCCGAGGUUCAGGCAACCGUACUUGAAGUCAAGGCCAUCGAAGGCUUUGGAAUGACCAUUGAUGUCAUCCUUUCCAACGGUAUUCUCAGGGAAGGGGAUCGCAUUAUCUUAUGCGGCGUUGAGGGCGUUAUCAAGACCAACAUUCGCGCUCUUCUAACGCCGGCACCAAUGCGAGAGCUCCGAGUCAAGUCCGCCUACAUCCACAACAAAGAGGUGAAGGCGGCCAUGGGUGUCAAGAUUAGCGCCUCCGGACUGGAAGGCGCAAUCGCAGGUUCUCGUCUUCUCGUCGUCGGUCCCGACGAUGACGAGUCCGACCUCGAGGAUGAGGUUGAAUCAGACCUCGCCCUUCUCUUCAGCAGGGUCGAGAAGAAUGGAAAGGGAGUCAGUGUACAAGCUUCUACCCUUGGUUCCCUCGAGGCUUUACUUGACUUCCUCAAGUCAUGCAAGAUUCCAGUUGCCAACGUUGGUAUUGGGCCUGUCUAUAAGCGCGAUGUCAUGCAAUGUGGAAUCAUGCUCGACCGUGCUCCAGAUUACGCGGUAAUGCUAUGCUUCGACGUCAAGGUGGACAAAGAGGCGCAAGCGUACGCGGAGGAUAAUGGCAUCAAGAUCUUCACGGCAGACAUCAUCUACCACUUGUUCGACGCUUUCACGAAGCACAUGGACGACCUACUAGAGAAGAAGAAGGAGGAAUCCAAGUUAUUGGCCGUUUUCCCAUGCGUCUUGAAUCCCGUGGCGGUCUUUAACAAGACGAACCCGAUCGUUGUCGGAGUCGACGUUGUCGAAGGCCAAUUGCGACUAAAUACACCUAUCGCGGUGGUAAAACCUAACCCUACUACGAAUGCGAAAGAAAUCAUCCAACUUGGAAGAGUCACGUCUAUCGAACGCGACCACAAGCAGAUACCUGUCUGCAAGAAGGGUCAGCCCUCGGUUGCCGUCAAGAUUGAGAUGGGCGGCCAUCAACCAACAUACGGACGUCAACUCGAGGAGAAGGACACCCUCUACAGUGCUAUAUCGCGAGCCAGCAUCAACUGCCUGAAGGACUUUUAUCGGAAGGAGGUAUCUCCAGACGAGUGGCAGUUAAUCAUCAAGUUAAAACCUGUCUUCGAUGUACAGUAG